GUCGCGACUAUAGACGUCACAUGAUCAUCGAGUCACAUGACUUUUCUUUUGGCGAAAAUGACAGCAGCCGCUACAGCAUCUAUUGUGUAUUCAUUUACUGUUUUUAUUGUUUUAUUCAAUGUUUAUGUCGAUAGCCAGGAUACUGAUGCACAGUUAUGUAAAAUGUGUCAAGGGACUGUACGGCAAGAUAGUCCUGUCUGGGAUUUUUGCCAAACAAAAGGCCAUAUUAGAGGACGCUGCUGUUUUGGAAAUGAAACCAGCGAUGUAGAUGCCAUUAUAGGGUUGGACUUGGCGAACUGCUCCAUCAGUCGUGUAGAGCACCUGUACAAUUCAUCCACAGCUUUCAUCAUCGAUCUCUCCAACAACCCGAUCUCCAAUCUGAGCGAUUUCAUAUUUCAGGGUUUCAGCAAUCUUAGCCAACUUUUACUACCCUUAAAACUGGAGUGUCCAGGGGGCAAUGCAUCAUGGGAGAAGGUUGAAGUGAAAAACAAUGCCAGAAUCUGCGAAGGACAGAAAAAUAUUUGCAAUCAGACUGCGCAGAUGUCCUGGGAUUGCCCUGAAAACUCAUUCUGCAGCCCAUACGGACCAGGGUUCUUCGAGUGUAGUUGUCUACAUGAUUUCUAUGGAUACAAGUGCAUGAGACAGGGGGAGUUUCCUGUAUUUAAGGUGCUUGGGAUACUAACCGGAUCGACAGUUGUGGGUUCAUCUUUACUCUGGUUCACACAAAGACGAAAGGCCAAGAACAUUUGACUUCUAAAGAAAACUGACUGUUGGACUGACAGUGGAGCCACAAAGUGCAUCAAGCUUAUUGAAAAUGUUGCAGUGCACCAACCAGCUUCAUACACUGGACGAUUAACCAUCUGCUGAACAUUGGGAUUUCUUUUUUAUUUUUUUUUUAUUUGCCCAAAGCAGGUUUGCAUGACAAUUUUUUCAUGGAAACUUUUGUAGUUUGUGUGCGCUUCACUUUCUUUUGAACCUCAUUGCCCUUAAAUGUUUUUACUUAUACAUUUUACAAUAGCUUUCAUGAAUACUGACACAUUUUCACAGCCUUGACAAAGCUGGUUUGUAAAGAGAAAACUGACCAUAGACUGACCUCGCUGACUGUGUUUGGAGGUCAGAUGUUUUAAAAGCACCGAGAUAUUUUAGCAAUGAUUAUUAAGGGCAAAUAUUUUGUGUAGUUAUAUUUUAAAGAUGAAGUGUUUUCUGAAAGAAUUAUAGGUUAAAAAGAGGGGAAAUGGAUGUCAUAGGACUUAUUUUUUGUGAAAAAUAUAGAUUGUUACUGUCACUUGCUGUUUACAGAUUGCUGUUUACAUUUCAUAACUGACAACUCUUCAACUGUAUGUUUUUCUUCUUGGCAGUGUAAGAGUGUAAAAGAGAAUCUGUUUGAUCUGCUAAUAUGAGAUAUAUAGACGGACACACUAUCAGUAGAAUACUGACAUAAAUUACAUUGUGAGUUUUUGCCAAGAAUGUAGUAUUGUGUUAUGAAAUUCAGCAUGUACCUUGGCAACUAAAAUAAAGAUGUUACAAUAUCACAAAGAAA